GAAAGUUUGAUAAUCAUUCUGACUUGAGCCGCUAGUUUGACUUCGUAAUGGGGGACGGGUGGUCUCUAUUCCUUCUUUCAACGUCGAUGUUCAUCGGCUGUUACCUGAGCGGACUGGUUCCCGUCUCGUUGAAGCUGACCGAAGAUAAGAUGAACAUAGUGUCGAUUUUCGGAGCUGGUCUCCUGGUAGGAACCGCGCUGACUGUGAUCAUACCUGAGGGUGUAUCUACAUUGUAUAUGUCCCGUUUGGAGGCAGCUCACACAGAACAUCAUCUCGACCUCCCGACCAAGGACCAUCACCAUGAAGCUCAUCAUUUCGACGAUCCUCAUGCUCUUAUAGGAAUUACGUUGGUCGCAGGCUUCGUAUUCAUGCUCUUGGUCGACCAAUGCAGCAAGGGAGGGAGAAGCACGGAAGAACUUUUACCUCAGCCGAAUGGCGUGGGCCGCAGAGCGCGACCCGGGACAGCGACACUGGGUCUGGUUGUUCAUGCGGCCGCCGACGGAAUAGCUCUCGGCGCCGCUGCUACCACUACGAGGGCAGAAAUCGAAAUGAUCGUUUUCCUCGCGAUUAUGCUCCAUAAGGCGCCGGCCGCAUUUGCUCUCGUUACAUUCCUGUUGCAUGAAGGCUUGGAUAAGGCCACCAUAAAGAGACAUCUCCUGUUAUUCUCGGCGGCGGCGCCUAUACUAGCGCUCACAACCUUCUUCGGAAUCAGUCAAAACACGAAGGAAUCCAUGGCGUCUCUCAACGCAACGGGAAUCGCCAUGCUGUUCAGCGCGGGCACAUUUUUAUACGUUGCAACUGUGCAUGUUCUGCCUGAACUCGCGGCUUCGAAAGCUUCGCAUGCUCAUCAUCUGACCGAGAUGAGCGACACUUCGGGAUUUUCCCGGAAGGAGUUGGUAAUCCUCGUAUUCGGGGCCAUGAUGCCGAGCUUCCUGUCCUUCGGGCACCACCAUUGAAUAUUUGUAAAUGAUUUGGGAAUAUCUGUUCCCUAUACGUCUGUGGAAUGUUCCUCGGGUGCGUGACUACGCCCUUGUAAAUAAAAACGUUUUUAGGCCGUCAAUGUAUUCCCGAGACUUAUGGCGGAUAAUAUGUUCAUGGUUCAAUGUGAAUGGUCGAUGAUGGUCACGAGAG